AUGCGGCGGUGCGGCUGGUGGCUGCUGCUCUGGGCCUUCGGGGUUGCCGCUGCCCACAGUGGAGGCAACGGGCAAUGUUUGGACGGGAUCACCAUCAACGUGAUCCUGCUGGAGGACGAGGAAUCUCCCUGGAGCCUGAAGUACGUGCAGACGAAAAUCCUGGAAGCCAUAGAGAAAGACUCAGAGAUUAACGCAGCACAAGCGUUUGGAUUUAAUCUGACAGCGAACUUCGAAGGAUUCAACACGACCAUCUACCGGCAGGCCGGCUGCUACAGCAGCCCGUGUGAAGCGGUGGAGACGCUGCGGAAGCUCAUGAGCACAGGUAAACUCGGCUGCGCUGUUCUCGGACCAACCUGCACCAUAGCAACGUUCCCGUUAGUGGACGCAGAGAAAGGUUUUGGGCUGAGCACGCCCAUCAUCUCGGCGGGAAGCUUCGGCCCGUCCUGUGACUUCGCCCUCAACCUGCAGCGGGUUCUGCCUCCGGCGCGGAAGAUCUCCGACUUCUUCAGCGGCUUUUGGCAGGAAGAAAACAUCCUGAAGCCCAAGUGGAAAACGGCCUACAUCUACAAGAAAGCCAACAACACGGAGGACUGCUUUUGGUAUAUCAACGCGCUGGAAGCCGACGGCAUCAAAAACGUUUCGGAAACGGUUCUGCGCGGACCAAAGGAAGUGGAAGCCAUUCUCUCACAGACUAACAGGACGAGCAACCUGGUCAUCAUCUGCGGCUCGGUGUCAGACUUACUGGAGUUGAAGAACGACUCCAGAGGAGCCGACAGCAGCGACUUCCUCUUCAUCCUCAUUGAUCUGUACAAUGAUAUUUACUACAAGAGCCCGUCGCGGCCGGAGAUGAGGAACGUUCUGGUGCUGACCAUGCCCAACUCCAGGCAGUACGACAUCAACGCUGACCUGAAGGGCAACAACAUGAUGAACGACUACAUGGCUGCGUAUCACGACUCAGUGCUGCAUAUAGGAAACGUGAUGAGAGAGAUCGCCACCAAAAAUCAGUCCGAGAUUCAAGAAAUGAACUUUGUGAAUGUGAAUUACUUCAGAAAUGUUGUCUUUAAUGGAACUGCAGGAGAAUAUAAGUUAGACAAGUACGGAGACAGAGAUGUGAACUUUUCCAUCAUGUACACAACAACUAACCUCCAGUAUAAAUGUUUAUUCACCUUUGACACUGAAAACGCCAAAACAACGAUGGAGGACGAAUCUCCGGCCUUCAUCUGGGGGAAGAAGCUUCCCGACUACAAGCCAAAGAAUGACUUGUUGACUGGCCCUCCGAUCCAAGACAUCAUCGUGGGCGUCCUGGCUGUGACAGUGGUCGUCGUGGCAACCAUCGCAUUUAUCUUCUACAGACAGAACAGGAAAGACCGGCUCCUCAGGAAGCGCUGGUCCCACAUCAACUCUGACCUCAUCUCUCUGCUGGAGGACAGCGAACACAACAUCAUCUCCCUGCAGAUAGAAGAAGAAAGGAAGAAGAAAUUCAAGAUCCGCCGAGCGCUUUACGACAGAAAGAUUGUGAUUCUGAAGGAGCUGAAGAACUGUGAAGGGAACUUCAAAGAGCAGACAAGAGAUCUGAAUGCGCUUCUGCUCAUCGACUAUUACAACCUCACAAAGUUUUAUGGCACGGUGCGGUUUGACGAGGGCGUGUUCGGCGUCUUUGAGUACGGAGAGCGGGGGUCGCUCCGGUACGUGCUGGACGACAAAGUUUCGUACCCAGAGGACACGUUCAUGGACUGGGAGUUCAAGAUCUCCGUCAUGUACGACAUCGCCAAGGGCAUGUCUUACCUCCACUCCAGCAACAUCCAGGUCCACGGCCGCCUCAAGUCCACCAACUGCGUGGUGGACAACCGCAUGGUGGUGAAGAUCACCGACUUCGGCUGCAACGCCUUCCUCAGCAGCAGCAAAGACCUGUGGACGGCUCCGGAGCACCUGAGGAACCAGGGAACGUCGCAGAAAGGAGACGUGUACAGCUUCGCCAUCAUCUCCCAGGAGAUCGUUCUGAGGCGCAGCACCUUCUACUCCAAGUCCUGCUCCGACCGCUCAGAGAAGCUGUCCAGGGUGAUGACGUCCUACUUCAGACCGGACCUCGACGUUGAGAUGGCUUCAGAGAAAGAACGAGAGGUUUACAUGAUGAUAAAAAGCUGCUGGGAUGAAGAUCCGGAGAAAAGACCCGACUUUAAGAAAGUGGAGAACUGCCUGGGGAAGAACAUCAGUAAAAUCCACAACCAGGACAACGAGAGCUACAUGGACAACAUGAUCCGGCGGCUGCAGAACUACUCCAGGAACCUGGAGCACCUGGUGGAGAAGAGAACGUCGCUGUACAAAGCCGAGCGGGACCGGGCCGACUUCCUCAACUUCAUGCUUCUUCCUGGGCCGGUGGUGAAGAGCCUGAAGGAGAGCGGCGUGGUGGAGCCGGAGCUGUACGAUGAGGUCACCAUCUACUUCAGCGACAUUGUGGGCUUCACCACGCUGUGCCAGUACAGCACGCCCAUGGAGGUGGUGGACAUGCUCAACGACAUCUACAAGGGCUUCGACAGCAUCCUGGACCAUCACGACGUCUACAAGGUGGAGACAAUCGGCGACGCCUACAUGGUCGCCUCCGGCCUGCCGCGGAGGAACGGGAACCGACACGCGGUGGACAUCUGCCGCAUGGCGCUGGACAUCCUGUCCUUCAUGGGCACCUUCCAGCUGCGCCAUCUGCCCGGCAUCCCAGUGUGGAUACGCAUCGGCGUUCACUCAGGUCCGUGUGCCGCCGGCGUCGUGGGGAUGAAGAUGCCCAGGUACUGUCUGUUUGGCGACACGGUCAACACGGCGUCACGGAUGGAGUCUUCUGGACAACCGCUGCGGAUUCAUGUCAGCGAACCCACCAUCCACAUCCUGCAGCGCACCGACUGCAAGUUCCAGUAUGAGAUCCGAGGAGAAACGUACCUGAAGGGUAAAGGAAAGGAAACAACUUACUGGCUGACGGGAGAAACCGGGAAAGAUUACGACCUUCCGACUCCACCAACAACAGAGAACGUCCAGCGUCUGCAGCAGGAUCUCGCCAACAUGAUCCUGACGUGUCUGGAGCGCCGAAAACGAGGGUCGGUGCGGAGGAGGAAGGUGCGUACCGGCGAGGAAGAGGAGGACGACGAAGAGUCAGAGGUGGAGUCUGAAGGCGGCCAUCUUGAGUAUCUGCAGCUGGCCACCGUGGAAAACACGCUCAGCACCUUCCUGUAGACAAACCGCGUCUCCUCCAGCUCAGGAGGAACAAAGAUGGCGGACGAACUUUGUAAAAUCUUUUAACCCUUAAAGGUUGAUAUUUCUCCUCAGAUGUUCUGUUUUAUGAUAAAAUGUUAAAUAUUUUCCUCCUGUUGAGGCCAAACUCCAGCCGCUUUGCACAUUAAUCUUUCCUGUACAUUACAUAUGUCAAAGUCAAGGCCUGCGGGCCGUAUUAAAUUAUCUAUGGCCCCCUGCAUGAUAUUUAAUUACUAUUAGAACGGCCGGCAGGCCGCAGCCUUUGCACACACCAACACUACAUUCCCCACAAUGCAACGGUAGCCCGCAAAGUCACGGCAGUGAGCACAAGCGGCAUCAUUGUUCAUCAGCAAUCAGAGCAGAGAUCCGCUUUCAGGUACCCCCUCCUCAAAAAUGGCUAAACGUAACGUGGCCGCUGAGAACCAGUGGCGCAAAAGGUGGCUAUGCCCAGUAUGCCCAGUAUGCAACGCAAACACGAUGUGGGAUUUUUUUUCUAGUCAGCAUUUUAUAUAUUUAACCGCUGCUUGUGCAUGAAAUGAUCGAUAACAGAGGAACAGCGCUGAUCAGGCGCCCCUCCCCUCCCGUACAGGUAGCUUGAGGCGCGUUUUUUUUUUUUCUUUUAAAUUUGUAGUAAAGCCUCGACAGCAGGGAGCUAAAGAUGGCGCAGAAAAAACUCUGGGGCACAAAACGGAAGAGAGGAAGGAUAAAGAUGUUGAGAGACGAAGAAAAGCUUUUCAAAGUGGUUGAAAGACAGAAGGUAAGAAAUGUCAGAGUAUCAACUUGUAAAUGUUCAGGUUAGCUUAAGCUAGGCUACAAUGACAGGCGGUUGUUGUAUUGAACCAAAACGGGACGCGAUUUAUUCCGUAUUGCUAUAAAUGUCUGAUAGACGCACCUGCCACACACCUCAACAAUAAGUGUUAAGGUCAGCUAAGUUGUCACUGCGACCCCCUCCCCACCUACUGACGCUGUUGUCACGGUUGCUUAGAGACGGACACUGCGCAGCCGCAGUGAGCUGCUAUCAACCCGCGUCUUUCUAAAAUGUCCGCCGAUACUGCACCGUCCGUAGAAGUAAAACCUCUGGCAAAAAUACAGACGGUAGUGGGAAGACUCACAUUCCAGGCUAAACAAUUAUAGUAAUGUUUAAUAGGGACAUUAAAAAAAUGUGUGUGAUGUUCAGUGGCGCCCAGUGAAAUCUUAGUGAUGUCAGACAGAAUGGGUCAGGAGAGGAACCGCAGAACCUAAAGAACCAGGCAUCAGUCUCUUUAUCCCUCAAUCAUUUCCUGAGACCGAAAAAUAAUAUAAAUGGCAAUUUAAAAGAACAAAUCAUAAACAUAGAUUAAUAGUAAAUAAAUAAAUGUUUUUCCUUGAGGUUACUGACAGAGCCAUAACAAAAUAUUGCUUUAUUCUUUUAAUGUACAGAACAUGCCAUUUUUACUUGAAGGAAGUUUGUUUUUGUCUGUUUGCCUUUUGAAAAAUGUUUUCACUUGAAAUUACUGACAGAUCCAUAAGAAAACAUUGGUUUAUUCAUUUAAUUAUUAAAUAUACACUGUGUUAGGUCUUGGUUCAAUAGGCUAUGUGCAAUCAUUUCUAUAUGUUUUAAUAAACAUUGAACCAGUCCGGCCCU